AAGGCUUUUGGCUGGAGGGCGGGCAGCAGGAGGCUGGGAAGGUGUUGCAAUCCCAGCCCCACAGGCUGUCAUUAACGACUGUGCUCCAGUGGAGGAACUUGCCCAGAAGCCCAGAGGAAGAGAAGAGAUGGGCAAGGGUCCAGCCACCAACUGCAGGAUGGGGAAACUGAGGCUUCAAAAGAUGACCUAACCAUGCAAGGUCACAAGCUGGUGAGCACUGAGUUGGCAACAUGAUGGCACUGAGAACCUGCUACCUGGCCGGAGCUGCCCUCCUCACCCUGCUGCUCCCCAGAAGCCUGGAGGGGUGUGGGCACAUCAGCCUCUCAGCAUCCACCGUCCGCCUGGGGGAUCCUGUCACAGCCUCCUGCACCAUCAGCCAGAACUGCAGCCACCUGCACCCAGAGUCCCUGAUCCUGUGGAAACUGGGAACAGAGCUGCAACCAGGGGGCAGGCAGCAGCGGCGGCCUGACGGGAGCCAGGAGUCAGUCAUCACCCUGCCCCACCUCAACCACACUUGGGCCUUCCUCUCCUGCUGCCUGCAAUGGGGCAGCAGCCUGCAGAUCCUGGACCAGGCUGAGCUACGGGCAGGCUACCCCCCUGCCACACCACACAACCUGUCCUGCCUCAUGAACCUCACGACCGACAGCCUCAUCUGCCAGUGGGAGCCAGGACCCGAGACCCACCUGCCCACCAACUUCUCCCUGAAGAGCUUCAAGAGCCGGGGUGACUGUCGGACCCAAGAGGACACCAUCAUGGAGUGUGUGCCAGAGCAUGCACAUAGCUCCUGCUCCAUCCCACGCAAACACCUGCAGCUCUACCAGAACAUGAGCAUCUGGGUGCAGGCAGAGAAUGCACUGGGGACCAGUGUGUCAUCACAGCUGUGUCUUGAGCCCAUGGACGUAGUGAAGCCAGAGCCACCCACGCUGUGGGCCAUGCACAGCAAUCCCAAGCAGUCCUCGCCCCAGCCAGGAUGCCUACACUUCCACUGGGAGCCAUGGAAGCCAAGCAAUUUUUUGAGACAGAAGUGUGAGCUGCGCCACCAGCCACAGCUCAAGGAAGCUAACUGGACACUGAUGCUACGCCAGGAAACCCCAGAGCCCGAGAUGGUGUCACUGCGCUCCACAAACCUGCUGUAUGAACUCUGCGGGCUCCUCCCGGCCACCACAUAUGCCCUGCAGAUGCGUUGCACCCGCUGGCCCCUGCCCGGCCACUGGAGUGAAUGGAGCCCCAGCUUGAAGCUAAGAACCAUCCAAGGGAUCCUUAAAGUCAGACUGGAUACAUGGUUGCAGCAAAGAAAGCUGGAUCCCAGGACAGUAGAAGUGCAGCUCUUCUGGAAGCCAACACUCCUGGAUGAAGACAGCGGGCCAAUUGAAGCGUACCUGGUCUCCUGGAGACCUUCAGGCCAGACCGAGGCAGCCCUACCUCUCUGCAAUACUACAGAGCUAGGCUGCACCUUCCACCUGCCUCCGGGAGACGGUGAGGUGACCCUGGUGGCCUACAACACAGGCUGGAUCUCCCAGCCCACCCCAGUGAGCUUCUCAGAACACAGAGGCCCAGCCCUGGCCAGACUCCAUGCUGUGGGCCAGGACCCUCACAGCCUCUGGGUGGGCUGGGAGUUCCCUAGCCUCCAACCUCAAGCCUAUGUGAUUGCGUGGGGCUCCAGUGACCCCAGCUUCAGCAGCAGCAAUAAGACCUGGAAGAUGGAACAAAACGGGAGCCUCACGGGGACUCUGUUGCGAGAGAACAUUAGACCCUUCCAGCUCUACGAGAUUGCCGUGACAGCCCUGUACCAGGCAGCCAUGGGGCCCUCUCAGCACAUCUAUGCCUACUCCCAGGAGACAGCUCCCUCUUGUGCCCCAGAGCUGCAGCUCAAACGCAUUGGCAGGACAUGGGCCCAGCUGGAGUGGGUGCCGGAGCCCCCUGAACUAGGGAAGAGCCCCCUAACCCAUUACACCAUCUUCUGGACCAACACUCAACACCAGUACUUCUACACCACUCUGAAUGCCUCUGCCCAUACCUUUGUCCUCCACGACCUGGAACCCUCCAGUUUGUAUCACAUCCACCUCAUGGCUGCCAGCCAGGCCGGAGCCACCAACAGCACAAGUCUCACUCUGAUGACCUUGGCACUAGGGGAAUCUGAGAUAUACAUCCUUCUGGGCCUGUCUGGCAUCCUGGUCUUGCUCAUAUGCCUCUGCAGGACUGCCUGGGUCUGCUGCAGUCCCAGCAGGAAGAAUCCACUCUGGCCAAGCGUGCCAGACCCAGCCCAUAGCAGCCUGGGCUCCUGGGUGCCCACUGUUACGGCCGAGGAGUCCUUCCAGCUGCCCAGCCUUCUCGACCCUGGCCUGCCAUCCAUCACCAAGAUCACAGUGCUGGAGGAGGAGGAGAAGAAACCACGGCCCUGGGAGUCCAGUGGUGACUCAGAGAUCUGCGGCCUCCCGGCCCUGGUCCAGGCCUACGUGCUCCAAGGAGACCCGAGAACAGCUUCCACCCAGUCCCAGUCCCUGUCCAGCACCAGUGACAAAGUCUUCUAUGGGCAGGUGUUGGGCAGCCCCACAGGCCCAGGGCCAGGGCACUACCUCCGCUGUGACUCCACACAGCCCCUGUUGGAGGAUCUCACUCCCAGCCCCAAGUCCUAUGAGAAUGUCUGGUUCAAGAACAGCCCCCUGGGGAGCCCAGGAUCCCCACCCCCAGACCAGGAGGAUAACUGUGCCUUUGGGCCACUGCUGGACUUCCCCCUCCUGCAGGGAAUCCGGGUUCAUGGAGUCGAAGAACUGGGGGCCUUCUAGAGCCCCCUGGCCUGUACCUACCUCUCCAAGCAGGAGCAGAGACACCAGUAGGGCCAUCACUCAAAACCACACCAGGGCCAGGAGGGACGGGAAGGUUCCUAGUCCUCCCACACAACCUGCAUAUGUUUAAGGGCCACACAGUGCUUGAUCCAGUCCUCUUCCAUGAAUCUCUUGUGUUUGGUUUUUAUCAUUUCCAUGUAUUAAGCUGAUUUUGGUUUGUUAUUGUUGUUAGAAAAAUCA